GCCCUGCAGCGCCGGGACAGCCCGCCGGGAGCGGCCGGGCCGGCGCUGCCUCGGUGCCCGGCCGGGCGCUGCUCCGGGCGGUGCCGGUGGGCUGCGGUGCCGCCGGGCCGUGCCCAGCCCACACUCAUCGCCGUGCCCCGAGCGGCGGUGCUGCCCGGCCCCGGGGGUUGCUUCUCCGGCUUUCUCCGUUCCGGCGUGCGCGGGUCCGAACGCGUCCCUCGGGUGGUCGCUGCGGGCGGCCCCCGGGCCCCAGAGCCGCUGCUUUGUUCGGGGGCGCUCCGUGCCCACCUUCUCUCGUGCCGCGCGGGAACGGGAGCGUUCGACGUGUUUCCAGGGGAAAGGCAGAGAAAUAAACUGCACAGCGAUUUGUCUCCUAGGUAGUUCUCGCCGUCUGAACGUACCCCCUUCGCACAGCCACUUUUUUUUCCUGCUUCAGUUCUCCCUCCCUCCCCUCAGCGUGUUUACCCUUCCUGUGCAAGCUGCAAUCUGCAUUAAUCACUCUCUGGGGCUGUGGUGGUACUAAUAAGCUACUCAUAACAACUUAAAUUAUAACUUGCAUAAUCAGUGUUUUGAGCAAAUAUUGGUUGGGAGAAUAUGCCUAUCCUAUCAGUGCUGUGGUUGCUGGAAAGAAUCAUUGAUUAUCUUUUAAAUAGUUAACACUGCUGAUAUGCUGCCCUUCAAAAUGUUACAUUGAUAACUGAGCAGGCUGAUGCCAAGUGUCAGAAUACAGCAUUGAUCCACAGCUGGUAACUUUUUUUGAAUGACAGUGUCUGUCAUAUAAUUUAAAGGGGUAAUGAGUUAAGUGCUCUGAAAAAAAAAGGGUGCAUAGCUGUACAAACAAAAAAGCAUGGAGCUGCCCUACCUUUUUGAAAAUUACAGGUGUCACUGGCAUGGUCUGUAUGUUUUUGAGAGAGAGAACAGUUGACCAAAAGACGUUAUCUAAACAAACCCUUACGUGUUUAAAAAUCCCUUUGUUAAACAGUUAAUUUGUAGCUACAGUAUUAGUGUUUUAUUUGGGCUACAGGAAUGAGGAGAGAGAGUGUCUGAGUACUUGUGUCCCUUGCCUGCAUCUGAACACUGCUGCAUGUUUCCCUGGUGAAAGAUAAUCCUCAGAAAAGGCAACACAGUCCCUUAGUUAAGAUUGCAUGUGGAAGUAAAGAGAUCUCACGCCAUGUUAUUGCCAGUUCUGUAGUCUGUCCUCAGAGUCUCCCCCACAAAGGUGUGUUGUGGUGGUCUGUGGAAAGCCUUCACUUCUACAUGGCAGGCAGCUGACAGUCUAAAGCAAAGGCUUUCUGCACAUCAGCAGAAAAAGGAGAGCUUGUGAUCUGUGUUGAAUUAGUUCAGAUUUGCAAAGUGCAACUGGCUUUACAAACUUAUUGCAAAUGCUGGCUCUUGUAAUGAUUUCUAAAACUCUGAUUAUUUCCUAAUAGCAAGUUGUAUGUAGGCAUGAAUACUGUAAUUCUUAAAAAAAAAAAAGUAACACAACUAAUAACAGGGAACGUACAGCUUUGGUACUGCUUGGCUGCUUUCUUUGUGAGACUGACAGCCUGCAAUAUGAACUGUAAUCAGCUCAUGUAAUCAGGAUCUGUAAGGCUGUGUUAGGUGCCUUUUCUGCCCAGAUUCUUGCUUUAUUUUGAAGUUGAAUGUUGUGUUCAUAGCAAAUUCUCAAUGAUUUGUGUCAGUAGUUAUUAUAAUUUGUUGAUCUUGGAAAUUCGUUAAUAAUUACAUCUUGCUUCCAUUUAACAUGAAUUGUGUUGAAAAAAGACAAUCAGAUGAAGGAGUGGCUUUGAGAGAAAACUAAGAACAGCUCUUUUGGAAGACCCUUAUUGAAAUUUUAUUGAAAUUAAUUGAAGAAGUAUAUAUUGAGCAGGAAGGCUGUCAGACAGUUUGACAGACUUCUGUGUUCUGACAAAUUUGUGAGUGGAUAAGGAAGAGGCUUGGUUCUGCUGCCUUCUUUGGUUCAGCUUAAGGAGCAGGAAGAAAUCCUCUGUGUUGGGUAUGUCUAUGGGGGCAGUGGGGUAUAAAGUGGAUGGAAGAAGAGGGAACAGACAUGGCUUCUGCACAUGCAUUUCCUCAUGGCAGAAAGGAAUGCAUGGAGAGUUUGCAUACAGAGAUGCAUGGCUGCAGGUUGGAGGAGUGAGAGGGCCCCAGCACUCCUCUGAUCUGUCCCACACUGAAGCACUUGAUUUUCUUCACUGGUGCCAGGGAAAUGUUGGUAAAUUUAAUUUAGAGCCUUGGAGCACUAUAAAACCCAUCGUGAUGGGGUUUUGGCAGUUUGUAAGAACUUGCAAAUUGCAGAAACAAUGUUAUUGUUCCAUUAGGCACUUGGGUCUGUACAUGAAUGUAACAGGAAAACUCUGAGUAAGAAGAGACUGUAAAAAUAGAAGCAUGGGAUAUUAGAAAAACAGUCCUUUCUUUCAUCCUCAAAACUACAGAAGGAGCUGAAUACUGGUAGCCAUAAUUCUUGGAAGGCUGAGAGAAUAAUCUAUAAACACUCGAGGGACUUGGUAGUCACAGCAAGAUAAGGGGGAACCCCCUUAACAGUUUCAUCAGAAUUCCCUGGCUGGGCUCCUUCUCUUUGGCUGCUUCUCCCUAGGGGUCUGCAUCUUAUCUCACUGCCUUCCUUUCCUCUAUUUGCCUCUGACUAAUGGGCUUUGUCUUCUGCUUACUGGAAGUCUAAUAAGUUCUUUUGUCUCUUAACCCUUCCUCCUUUUUAAAAAUACUAGAUUAAUGGCUGUAAUGUUUUGCAGACUAUCUGCAUUGGUGACAUGGAUUAAUUGCGUACUUGACUCUUAAGUUACCCAGCAGUAAUGGCAUAGUAACUUGACUUAAAACAAUGGUAUUUUCAUGGUAAAUGUUCAAGGCAAAUGGUUGCCUUCUGGUAAAGUGCCAACUGCAAUUUAUGCCCUGUAAACAUGUGACACAAGUAAACUGUCUAUGCAGAUUUUCUCAGUGUCUUCUGUACAGUAGUCUUUUGAAACAGUGAUCUCUUUCCUCCUGCCCCCACCUUUCUUUUGACUCUCACUUGAGUCAGGUAAUUACAGAUCUGGGUUGAAAGCAUGCCAGGGAGUGAUCAGGAAAGCCAAGGCUUGCAGACUGCUCCCAUUGCUCACUGGCACCUUGGCUCCCCCUCCCUGAGGAGGAUUUGGGCUCUUGGCGAUGGGCUGUGGGUGUGUGAAUUGGAGAGCCCAGGAAGGUGGGGGCUGGCAAAGCCGAGGGGAGCCCUGAUCACCCCUGCACAAGUGCCAGUGUUCUUUGUGCUCACAUGAGGAGGUCCUCCUUGUCACAUGUGCCUUUGGUGUGAUAGUGUAGUGAUGUUUUAUAUUCUGAUCUCAGUGCUGACUAUAACAGAGCAAGGAGUCAAAGCCUCUUGCCUAAAAGAUAAUCUGAGAACUGACCCAUUUAGGUCUCCAUUUUAUCCAUGUGUCUUGGGGGCAGCUCUCUGGUCCAAUGAUCUGCAAGUAAAGGAAGCAGAAAAUCUGGAUUUUAGUUAAAGGUUAUUUAAUUGCAAUAUUCUGCUGCUAGAAGAAUGACAGUUAGGGGACUAUUUAGAUGUAAGUAUUAAAGAACUCUUUCACAGAAAUAUGAAUACUGUAGAGAAACCAACAAAAGCAUAGGUGGUGAGACAGGAUUCCAGUAAAGAGAGUAAGCUAGUAUAAUCUUCUGGUGUCUCAGAAAGAAUAGUUAUAAGUGCUGUUCUGUCUACAGCAUCUGUUUCGUGAAAGACAAAACUUACUUUGCAAAAUGUGAGAAUGCUGUUCCUGACCUCCUGUCACAGUUUGUUAUUCCCACAAAGUCAGACUGCCAGAGACAGUAUGACAGUCGUAGUUGUUUGUUGUCUCACUUUUCCUGUUUAGUGAACAGAAGUGGGUUUUUUUUGAACCAAAAGGAUUAUGUGCUCCUGAAAUAUACCAGUCUUUAUUUUUGCAUCCAUGUAGUAGCAGAAAGUGACAGUUUCUAGUUUUUUUUCUUUGAUUUUUUUUUUUUUUGCAUGAUGCUUUUCCUCCUGCAACUUUGGAACUUGUGAUUCAGUCAGUCUUAUCCUUUUGUUUUAAAAUGGAAAGGGAGGGAAAAAAUCAUCUUAGCACCUAUGAUUGUGGGAGGAAUGUGUAGCUUAGUAAUAGACUCACAAACACAAAUGUCCUAACUCUUGGUUUUGGUCAUAUGCUGACUGUUCAAUAUUUUCAUUGCCAGUGAGUCUGUACAGAAAGCCUUGAGUAUUAUGGAUCAGCAUGUAAAUGGGUGGCCUGGAGUGCCAAAGGUCUGAUGUAUUCUAGCUUCCAGCAGUUACCUGUGAUUGGAGUUAGUGAUUAUGUCUCAUGAAGCACAGGAUAGAUACCUACACACUGGUCUCUUGUGGGGUGCAGGAUGUCAAGAGAAAUCAAAAAUAUGUGAAAACUUACGAAAAAAAAGUAUGCGUUGAGUGUCUUUGUUACAACUGAUGACCAAGUUUGAGUACUCAAAGGAGCUCCUUUGAAGCUACUGAUACAGUUAGCAUCAAAAUACUGCAGCAUCCUUUGUACAGUAGGAAAUGUUGGUGUUGUUCACUGAAAUAGGGAAGCUGCAAAUCAAAUCAGGAGAGAGAAUUAGGGCUUUUGCAGGUGACUGUGUGUAUUUUCUGCUUUAGAAACUGCAGUCCGUUUAAAAAUCCAAGCAUAUACUCUUAAGGCACUUUCGUAUGUCAGUGCUUUCACUUAAAACAAUUUGUUGUACAUAACUUAGAUAUGAUUCCAGUAUUUAUGUGGUCAGCUGGUACUGAAGUUCCUCACAACUGUGUGCAAUGAGUGAUUCUUUUGGCUGGCAGCCUGUAAACUGUAUUACACUCACUGAGAUGCCAGUGGGCCUUCUGUAAAUUCCUUCUGAGCAUCUGCUGGCAGCAGGGAUCCUAUGAGGUGGUCUGGUUCUUGUCUUUAGACUUGUCCUUUCAGCAUUGGGUGCCGUGUGGGCCACUGUUCUCACAGCUGCUUUCUGCUGCAGAAGGGAGACUGUUAGCCAGAGCUGCUGGAAGGGCUUCUUUUUUGUGUGACUGCUGUCUUUUCUUCAUGGUUGAGAACAGCAAGAAAUAUGAAGCUAUUCACUUACUACAAUUAGUUUAAGCAUAUCCUAUUAUUACAGGAGUCACUUGAUAUAUACCUGAAUUAUAUUCAGCUGAAUGUAAUUGGUGACGGCACCUCAGACACUUCAGGGUGAAAUCUGAUAGCUGAACUCAGUGUAGAAGAAAAUCUCUGCACACUUAGCUCAGUUUAAAAGUAAAUGUUUUUCUUUCCAUAGCCAAGAAGAUUGUAGACCGAGGUGGUUUUCCAAAGUUAUUCUGGUUUGGCUGCAGUGAAUUGCAAUUUUCCGUAGGUUAAUUUGCAGAAUGGAUUGAGCCAGGGUAAGGUGAAUAUUUGUAGCACAACUACUUUCAGAUGCUUUCCAUGGGCUGCAUCUCUGUUGAAUACCCAGGGGCUGUGGUUUCCUUUGGUCCCAUAAUCUGCAGUUUUGCUGUAGAAAUGUGAACUGUUUGUGUCAGCACAGAGUAGCUCUUCCCCUGGCAUGAGCUGCUUUAAUUAUUCAUAAUACAUACUGAGGUGUUAAAGGUCUGUCGUGCUGUGCAAAAGUUACAGUGUACCCUGGAAAAAUACUGAAGGAUUUUUCUUUUACAACCCUUUGCACAUGAAAAAGGAAAAACCACAUGAACUCCCAUUAGAAGAUUAUUUGCUUUUUUUGUACAUGCUGGACUUUUUAUGGUCUUUGACAAGGAUCUUGAGGGAGAAGGGGAAUAUUGGUAGUUUUUAAAUGGAUGGAGAUAAAUUGCUCAGUGACUGAACCUUUGUUUUCUGAAGGUGGUUGAAUUAUGUGCAGCGAAAUAAAUGAGUUUGUUCAUGUCUGAGUAUGUAUGAGGUAGGGAAUUGGAUGGAAUCUAAUUUGGGUUCUGGUUUCAGCUUUACUGAAAACUGAUGGCAUGAUCUUGAACAGCCCUGUUGUGUGGCUGUCUUGAUUUCCCCUCUGCCCAUUGUCUUGCUCAUAGCUUAAAUAGACUUCUCAAAACAAGUACUGCUGCUGCUUGAAUUAGUUCAUUAAUUUAUUUACAUUACAAAAGCACCUGAAGGCACCCUGCUAAAAUUAUAUUCUGUUUAGCUAACCGGACUUGGGUUUGUUUUUUGAAAAUGCAAUAAUCCUAACAAAUCAUUCCACCCACCUAAUAAAGAAAGAUGAAGCACAUAAUAGGAAACAAUUGAAAACUUUUUAAUGGGGCCAAAUGGAAAAACAAUGAGAAGCAAUCAGUAAGUAAGGUAUUGUGUGGUUAGAGAGUGUAAAGGGAAGGGAGGGAUUCAAGGAUGAUGCAUUUGUUUCUGCUGAAAAAGCUACUUAAGGAAUGUAUCUUCCAUAAGAAAAAGUGGUAAGGUGCUCAAGUCUUUCUCUGCCUGUCAUUUUUCACAUUAUUAUUCAUUUUUCCUUAAGCUAGCCUUACACAAUUAGCUGCACACAGUGAACUACAGAUCUGAAAUAUCUGUUCCACCUUUUCAUGAGACUACUUGUUGAACUUUGAACAUGAAAUGUGGUGUCAUGCUCUGUGAGUGCAUGCAGAGUCAGGUGCUCUUCAUGAGUGCAGAAAGCAGGUUUCUUCUGCCCAGUGUUGAAUGGAAAAAUCUCCUUUGAUGAGUAAGCUCUGGAUUUGGAGUGACAGCACAGGUCAAGGCUCAGGUAAAGAGACUUUUGCCUGCAUCCUGGUGACUGGGGGGGGUGGUUUCCUCUAGGAAGAGAUUUGGUGAUAGCUCUGAUUCUUGACCCUGAGACCUGGCCCAGUUUUAUGGACUGUAAAUAUAGUGAAGAAUAUUGUUCCUGAUUUUUUUUUUUAAUUUUUGUACCUGUCCUUCUCUUCCAAAGUAGUUAAGCGUUUCCAGUAUGACUUUUCUCAGAGAAGCCCACUUCUCAUUUGAGAAAGUAUUCAGGCUUCUAACAUAGCUGCUGCCUGGCUUGGUUUUCCCCAGACUGCCAUGUAGCCUUCUGCCAAGUGGCAGCUGGAACUCUGCAUGAUGCUUUUUCAGGUGUCUGUAUAACUAGCUUCUACUGUAUGCAGGCAUGUUCUGUAGAGACAAAUUUUACCCAGUUUGAUAACAUUUCUAAAGCUGUUUUGUUUCCAAAGCUCAAACUGAGUUUAAUCAGAAAUAGUUCUGUUAUCUUGUUUUGGAACAGACUGGUCAAGUUCUCAUGUAUCUGCCCACAAAACCAUUACUGUCUGCAAUUCAUUGAAAUGUUCUUCAACUGCAGGAAGCCUCACAAACUAAUAAUUUGUUUUAACUAAUUGCAGCAGGACCUUCCUGCUUUUAGACUUCCUCUUGAGUAACUUUGCAUAAAAGUAUUUGUGCAGCAGUGGUGUGGAGCAGAUCAGCGUGACACAGGUGCUAUGCAGCGCUUGGUUGGGGAUGUGGUGAGGUGUGUUUGGGCUCAUGAGAGCCCAUAAUGUGCCAUUGUGCUGCACUCAGAGGGCUUCUGCUGAGGAAGUGUCAUUGCAGGUUCUGACUUGAAAUAAGCAGUUCCUGUAACAUGCUGGCUUUGACUGAAGUUUGGUCUGUGCUGUAACACUUGUGCUCCAAGUGCAUGGAGCUCUGGUGUAGAACUCUGAACUGCUCAGUGAAAGCUUCCAGGUAGAGCUGAUCCUUUCAAUUUCUGCCUGCUGAAGAGGGAAACAAUACCAUUGUUCCUUCACUGAUUCCCCACAGGGGAGCAAAGAAAGUUGUUUUUGGUGAGAAGGCUGCCUGCUUUUACCUCUGGGAAAGCUGCUGGGGGUGUGGAGGGCCUGCACUGAUCCUCCUGCCCAGUGCUCAGGAGAGCCAAGUCCCGGGGCUUAGACACAGCUAUGAAAAGAGCCAGAUGAGCAAAACAAAGGCCUCCAUCAUCCCAAGGGUCCACAUUAUUUACUUACUUCCCUCCCGGUGGGUUUCUCAGUGGUUGCUAAUGAGCAGUGCAGGCUGUUGUCUGAGUUGCUGUGCUGUGAUGCUGCUGCUCCACAGCAGUGCAGCGAGAGGGGUGCUGGUGACUACAGCCUGCAGCUGCACCUUGCAGCUCUGGCCCAGGGACUGACCCAAAACCUGUGCUACCAAUGUGCUGCUGCUUCUCCACCCCCACCGCACUCACUGUGCAUGAUUUAGGGCGAAGUCAGUGCAUUGCUGUGCUAUGACAGCUUUUAAAUACAGCCUUGAAGAGCUUGAUCUUUUAACUGCUAACUCAUACUGACUUUUUGUUCCAUAUCCCAUGAUUGUGUUGUCAAAGUUUACACAUGCUACUACAUUAAAAAAUCUGAAAAUAUUAAAUGGACAACUCAAGAAUAGAAAUAUAAAGAGAGGGGAAGAAUUGUAGCAGAAGGUUCUAACAUGCUAAAAUUUCUGGGUCCAGUCAGUGUGCAUGUGUGUAUAGGUCAGUAAACAUGGAAAUUACUUCAAACAACCUGAAAAAAUUUGGCUUUUGCUGGGUAGGGCUGAUCUCCAUCAGAUUCAGCUUCUUUUGAACUUGAAGUAAGUGUUUGCUUCCAGUAUGUGCAGUAUGUCGACUAGAAAUGUCAAUUUGGUGGAUCAUGGGAUCAUAGAUCUCUUCCAAAGAAAUACAAAUAUGUUUGAAAAGUAGUUCAUUGCAAAAAGUUGCCAUGACAAUGAUUUUUCAAAAUGUGAACUGUGAGAUGUUUAAACAGGUUCCUGGGGAAUGAGGCUGCAUAGCACCCUGUUUUCCUCUGUGGUGAUUUAUAAAAGGAAGUAUUUAGAUGCAGGAGGCCAAAAGAAAUUAACAUAGAUGUGCCAGAUGUUGCAUUUUCUUAAAUUCUUGAAAUUCAUGGCAUGCCCUGGUCAAAUAGGAAGAAAUUCAAGCUAGUACUUCCACCGUGAGAGAGGCAGACAUUCCUCUGCUCCCCGGCACAUUAAGCUGCCCUGUGGCUGUGCAUCCACUGGAGUGUCUGCUAAAAGAACUGUGAAGCCAUGGAGGAGGGAAAAAGGGUGGUUGGUUGUGUGGAAGAUGAAGUUUGGGAGCAGAAUACCAGUGUGAAAUAGACUUUUGGGUCUCCAUCUCAACAAUAAAUGCCUAAAAAUGAUUCGGUGGAGAUACAUUUUUGCUCUGUGUGUGUAUAUGAGUGAAACACUCCAGAGUUUCCUGCAUUUUGAAAUGUUUGGGGCUUUCAAGCUCUAUCAACAGCUUUGGUCUGAACUAAGUUUUAUGUGUCAGUCAAAUUUUCCUAAUCCACAUAUAGGCUUCAGGUUUGGGGAAAACUCAUGGAGAUUGGCAUGUGUGACAAGAUGUUGUUUCAUGGUUGUCUUUCUGUAUUCCUCCUCCUCUUUCUGCUGAAGGAAGCUCUGAACAAGCUAAUGUUCCUACUUGUUUCCUAAGAAGUAAAUCUCAUGUAAAAGCAUUCUAUGUAGAACCCAGGGAGCCUGAAGGACGCUGUGAAGCUAGUGGAAUGAUUCCCUGUGCAGCUCAAACUGUGUUAGCUGAGUGCUGCUAAUGGCAUGGUGAGAUGUGUUGAAGAGCAGCUGCGAGGGUGUCCAAGGGCAGGGGGACCACGCUAGGAGCUGGGCUUACAACAUCAUGGGCCAGUGUGUCACCAAGUGCAAGAACCCUUCUUCUACCCUUGGCAGCAAAAAUGGGGAGAGAGAAUCUGGCAGCAAGUCCCACAGCAAGAGAAGUGCAGUCCACAAAGACGACCAUGGCUCAGCUUGCGGGAAGGCUUCAGGAGACAUUCUUGUGAACGGGACAAAGAAAACAGACGCUGCUGUAGAGUCCAGUCAGCCUCCGACAUUUUCUGGAGAUACAAAGAAAGACUCUGUUUGCAGUGCAGAGGAAUCCUCUCUACAAAGGAUUGGGGAGUUAUUCAGGAGGUAUAAGGACGAGCGGGAAGAUGCCAUACUGGAAGAAGGAAUGGAACGAUUUUGCAAUGACCUCUGUGUUGAUCCCACUGAAUUUAAAGUACUAGUUUUGGCUUGGAAAUUUCAGGCUGCUACCAUGUGCAAAUUUACAAGGAAGGAGUUUUUUGAAGGCUGCAAAGCCAUAAAUGCAGACAGCAUUGAUGGCAUUUGUGCAAGGUUCCCCAGCCUCCUUAAUGAAGCCAAGCAGGAGGAUAAAUUCAAGGAUCUCUAUCGUUUCACCUUCCAGUUUGGCCUGGACUCUGAAGAAGGACAGAGGUCGCUACAUCGGGAAAUAGCCAUUGCCCUUUGGAAAUUAGUCUUCACCCAAAACAAGCCCCCUAUUUUGGACCAGUGGUUACACUUCCUAAUCAAGAACCCCUCAGGAAUCAAGGGAAUCUCCCGGGACACAUGGAACAUGUUUCUAAAUUUUACUCAGGUGAUUGGACCGGACCUUAGCAACUACAGCGAGGACGAGGCCUGGCCGAGUCUCUUCGAUACCUUUGUGGAGUGGGAAAUGGAGCGAAGGAAAAAGGAAGAGGAAACCAAAUGUGUUCUGUCUUCGGACACAGAGGGCCUGUGUGCGGACGAACAGACUUAGCGGUGGCAAAGCAGCAGUGACAAAAGCAACUUGUUGCCCUUCACAAAAUGUAACUCUGGAUGUUUCUGGAAAUUACCGAGGCUCCAGAUUUUUCUACUUUACACCUUUUUCUGCCUUGUCUAUGAAAGGGCUCUAAAAUGCUGUAUCAUGUUUUAGGCACUUUCUUAAUUUUGGUUAUUCCUUUUACUUUUGCCCUGAAAUAUUUGACCCUGGCUACAAGUUAAGCUUUUUUUUUUUUUUUUUUUUUUUUUUUUUUUUUUUUUAAGACUUCAGAUUAGUAUAAGUAAGUCUGAUACUUCUUGCACAAUGUAGAUCUUUUUAGUUAGGUUAAAUUAACAUUGCUAAAUUAUACAGUGCCAGAUUAAGUUUUUCAUACUACAUCUGUCAGGGCAGGUCUGUACUGUGUGUAGUGCUGUUUACAUUGUUGAAAUUUUAGGCUGUAAUAAUUUUAAGGUUUUAUACCGAGAUGAACAGCAGUGUUAACUAUAAAUGCAUUAAUCUUGGUUAAUAAGGCUCUAAAAACCAACAUAAGCAACAGCUUUUUGUAAUAUGGCUAAUUCCCACUUUGAGCUAACUCCUAGUGAAUGAGUCCAGAUCAUUCCUUUUUUGGACUUUGAAACUAAAUGUUGGGAUUGUUUUAUAAAAUUACUGUACCUGUCAGUCAACUGAGUGGUAGAUGACGAUUUAUAUCUAAAUCUCUUUACACAUUCAUGUAAUAAAAGAGCAGUACUACCUCAGUUUUAUUGAAAGUGGACUUGUUGAUGGACUUCCAUUUUCUCUGGAAGUUGUAUUUUUGUGGUUACAUGAGAAUAUUUUUACUUGACUAAAAGAACCAAAGGUUCUGCUUCUUAAGUUUGCUAAACAUUGCGAGAAGCAACACACAAAUCCUAAGUCUUCAAGGAAAACUGUGGUAUAAUUCUGCUUUAAUUUGUUUGAUUUAUACCUAAAGUAUUACCUUACUUGUCUGGCAAGCACAGUACUUCUAUGUAAGGAACUAUCUUUUGCAUUAAUAUUGACAAACCAAUUUUUUAAAGCAUAUGUUUAAUUGCUAAAUUGCAGUUAAUACACCACACUUUCUGGAGCAACAAUAUCGGCAUCUGAUGACAAAGUGAAUUCUUAAUGUGUUCUUAAUGACAGCAGUGUAGAUGAGUCAUUUUUAGACUGAUUUGAUAAUAUUUGGAUAGGAGUCAAUUUAUUAUUUUACAAUGCCUGUAUUGGGACUAUUUGCCUGUUGAAAUUGUUGUGACUUAAAGGGAGUUUUAUUAACACUGGUUGAAACUUUUUUGGUUAUUGAUGCUACCUUUUUUAAUUUUAGUAUGUCAACUUUUUUACACCUUUUGGUAAAAGGUUUGAUUGCCAAGGCUUUCUGUAUAGCCAAGUGCUGGCUUAAUGAAUUUGAUACACUUCUGUUACACACCUUUUAUUUUCAGAGCUGCAUUUCAGGAUCAUAAACCAACUUCAACUGAAAAAAAAACAAAGCAAAAAGCCUGGACAGUCAUCCAUAGCAUCUAAUGGCUUUUGUGAUAUAAGGGUUUUAAAACUAAAGGGAAACAGGUUUUAAUGGUGUGCUUGUCACCAGGUCCAGAGUGUCAUGGUUUGCACAUAUGUUGUGCUCCACAGGGAUCAGCAGAGAGAGGAGUAGAAUCUACCCAAAUUUUGGGACUGGCUUUGCUGGUGUGCAGCCCUGCAGUAGCUUGGCUUGGCGGUCAUAAAUCACUAACAAAAUGUGGGUAAUGCAAACUGUUUAAAAACAAACCCACAAGCCACAGAUAGCAUCUCCUUCAUCUAAUAAAAGGAGAGUGUGGUCCCUGCUGCUCUUGCUGGGAAACAAGCUGUGGAAAACAAAUGUGGUUGUUUUAGAUGCAGCUGAGUCUGUCCCUUUGCAGGGGAGCCCUAAAGUUGCUGCUUUAUGGGUAAAUACACCCAAAGCUUUGUCCCUCCUUCUUCCAACUUUCUGUGGCACAGAAUUGUUUGGCAGCAAAACCUUAUUCUGAUUUGGGGAGCAAAGCAGGCCAAAGCACUCUUGCUGGACUAGUUGAAUUUAUGGUGAGACUUUUUCUGGUGCUGUUAUUUUUAAAAGACUAAAAUAAAUGCCCCAACAGAGGUUGCUUUGUUAGGAAAAGUUCCAAAUGGAGACUGAUUUGAUAGUAAAUGAAGACUGUAUUUGUCAGUUGGAGGCUCUUCAUUCAUUCAGCUAUUAAAUGCUUUGUUCAUCACUUAUUUAUUUUCCCCCUAAAGGAAAUAUAAAAUGGCCAGAGUGUGAAGAGUAACUAUUCAAGUGGGUAGCUCACCAGAUGGCAGCUUCUGAUUUACACCCUAGAAUGCAGCAGCCCCAGAGGAUGAGGGAUAGAGCUCUUUAAAGAAGGUGUUUAUCUUGUGGUUGGAAUGUGGACAGCAGUAAGGAAAUCAAUCUGUAGUGCAUCGGGCUCAGCCAUUUUAAUGUGUCAGAGGUAACACAGCUGCUUUUUAAAGGCAGAGGUGAACACACAGGAAGGGAAAAUCUGGUUUCCCGUUGGGGAAAGGACAUACCAUUACCCACGUGUUCAGUGUGGGAGACAGUCCUGCUCCUGUUCUGCUGCUUCCAGCCAGGCAGGAGCAACUCCACCCACUGGGCAGGGAACUUGCAAAAAUAGCCAGAUGAUCCAUCUAGCAAAGUAUCACUUAUCUUUAGCCUAAUUUUAGUCCUUUAAUUAUAAUUUACAGAAUGCAAACCAGACCUGUGUCAGUUUUAAACUCCUGAAUCAGGAGCUGAAGCUGCAGCUCUGUGGCAGUGCUGGCAGUGAGUGGGGCUGUCAGACCUUCUCUUGGAUUGCCUGGUGGUUUUGUGGUCCCAGAUGAGACUGCCUGGACUCUGUAAUGUUGGGGUGAGGGAGCAGGGUUUGUGUGUGUCUCUGAGAAGUCUUUAAUGAUAUUGGAGCCUCUGAAUAUGUGCUUGUUUAAUGGUUAAACUGUGAAUAUCUGCGGAACAGGCCAAAUACAUUCACUCUUCAUUUUUAUAUAAUUCUUCAUUGUGUAGGGGACAGGAAGUGAGCAGUGAUGCUGAUGGAAUCCUUGAAACCAUUGCAACUGUUUAAUUUUUUAAAAAUUAGAUUAUGCAUUAGGAAACUUUAUGCAUGUAGUGAAUCUGCUGCAACUUGGGAUAAAUAACUAUAGAUAACUAUAUAGAUAGUUGGAGUAAUAUACUGGAAAAUUGGUCUGAUAUCCACAGUCUGUGGCAUUUGACUGCCUUCUCUUAUAUGCAAAGAAAUACAACUCCUGUAAACUGUAGCCCCUAGUAAUAAAACACUGACCACCUACAUGAUAUUAUAUCUUGCAACACCUUUAAAAUUUGGCUUCCAGUUCAAUUGGAGGCUUAAUUGUGCUAAUUUUUACUUGUGUGGGUGUGUUUCUGAGGUCAAAGACUAUCUAUUGAUUCAAGUUAGGAUUUGAAAGAUCCUGCCCAUAGCUGGCCAUAAAACAUGACUGAGGCAAUGAGUUGGAAUUGAACACCAAAUCCUGAGUUUAUUUGCUGCUGGUGCUAUUCUACAUGGAGAAUUACAGCUUUUUAGUACUGUGCAAUCCUAGUGAAAGGACCACAGGAAAAUGGCCACAGGUCUGGCAGGUGGCACAAGAGCAGCUGGGACUGUGAGAGCUGCUCCCCCAGGCUGGCCCAAGAGAUCUCCUGGUACAGCUCUGAGCCAGGACAGUUCUCUGCCAAGCCCAGUUCAGAGCAUGAAAUGAGCUCAGGCUGCUCUGCUGAGGACAGAGUGGCUCGGGCUGGUGGCAGAGGGUGCAGCCCCUCCUCUUGUGGACAGUGCUGGGGGGCAGCAGCAGCUCUGCUGGGUGACUUUUAUUUCUCUCUGUGUCCAUCAGAGCCUGAAGAACCCAUGGAUCCAGGAGUAGCCUGUCACAGUGGUUCCCAGGCCUGUGCCCUGACCAGUGACCUUAGACUUUUUGUGACACUGUCAACAUGAGCCUUGUUUCCAAAAAAGCCCAACAAAGUUAAAGAAACACCAUGUAGUUAAUAGCCACCUCAGUUGUGAUACAGUUUGUUGGCUGAGGUUACAUCAUUCCCAUUCUUUGGUAAAUAAUAAUUCAUUGUGAGUUCCUGGGUCUUGCAGCCUUGCAUUCUGCAGUGUGAUGCUUUUUUAGAAGGUCCUCAGUAAAUUGGGCACGCAGUUCUUCCCUUGAGCCCACUCUGCUCAAAGUAUGUGCAUGUGGAUUUAGCCUAUCAUAUUAAAAAGGAAGAUGCUUAACCUGAAACUCAAAAUUCUUCAGAGUAGUGCUGUGGAGAAAAACAUAUUUUUUACAAAUAAGUAUUAAAGUGUCUACUUAAAUUGUAUUGUGUGCAAACAAACCCACCAGUGUUAACAUUUUCUCUCUGGUCUAUUGAAGAUCGAACCUUUGGUUUUAUAGUGUGAACUGAAGUGAAAUUCAUGAGAUUGUAAGACAGAAAGAAGGCUGUAACUCCUUCACCAUGAAGUACGUAGGUAUCUCUACCUCUUGUUCUUAGACUUGAAUAGUUUAAGGCUACCAUCCUUUUGUCCCAGGAUUUUAUGCCUGGAUAUGAAUAAUCUAUUUUUUUUAAUUGACCCAAGUUAAGUAUUAUCUAUUUGCCAUAGUUUUUGGUAUCCUGUGUUUAACCUGUAUGCAAAGGACCCUUUGGAAGGGGGCCGGGUCAAGCUGCAAACCAGAGUUGGUCCUCCCGGGUGCUACUUUUGGAGUGCAAUAGAGCGACCGAGCAGAGCUACGUGGCCUCAGGCUCAGGGGCUUCUGCCACCACCACAUCCUCUUCCCUGGUCAGGCUGCCUGUGCUGACAGUGAAUUGAAGAUAGAGCAGCUGCUCCCCAAGAGGGAGCCAUCAGCCUUUUCAUUUGCCCUUGAAAAGCUUUAGGAACCCACCUGAUGCAGUGCCAUGAGUGUAUUUUUUUUUUUUUCUAAUCAGAAAUACUGUGUUUUGUUCCAUGUUGGACCAGACUUGUAACCACCCAGCAAAGAUGGGAGCUGCCAAAGUGCAAAGGCUACACGCAUCCUUUUUCUCCCUGAGGUCAGAAUCCCGCUCAGGAUAAAACCCUUGUGCUUGAGUAAAGCUGGAGUGUUCUCAAGAGAACUGGAGAUGCCAGAGUGGCUUUGGUGCUCAGCUGUGUUCAUUAAUGCAUUGGGGGGUUAUUCUCCAUGCAGCACAUCUGUGCCCUUCCUCUCCUCCCCCAAAGCAAACUGCAGCACGGUUGCUGUCGUGGCAAAUCCACCAUAGUGCGAUGCUGUGGCAGCUGCUGCUGCAAGAUCCUUCCAGUGUGAGGCUGGUUUUGGGUGUGACUUUUUGCACUCUCAGGAUGGGCAUGUAUUUUAAGAGAACAGGGGAACAUGUGAGACAGUAGGUAAAAAGAGCAUGUAUGUUCUUGUCCUAACAGCUUGCCUUAAAUCACUGACAUUGCAGCGGUUCCUUGCUACUAUUGCAAUCCUCAGUCUUUGAAAAUCCAACAGGUUCUGUAGGUAAUACUUUUUUUUGUUUAAUUUUUAAUAAGUUUCUAUCUUUGCGUAAUUGCACUCUUCAGAUAAGCCCUUUUUGGAUAACGUGUUAUUUCACACACAGGAAAAAUAGUCCAUCUCCAGUGUUUGUGCUGUAAAGUGUUUCUUUUUAUGUCCUGUAAAUUUUAUCUGGACUAAAGGUUGCCUACUGUUGAAGCAGUGUGUUUACUUGAAUGUUGCCAUUUUAUGCAGUUACAACUGCUGACUCUUGCUCUUCUCUGAGCCUGUGAGAGUGGAGAUUGUGUGACCAGAGCUGGCAAACCUGCACAGAGGAUUGGUGAGCUGAAGGCUGGCUGCUGCUCUCAUGUGUGUUACACGUUAGAGGACUUCACAGAUUAGUGCUCCAUAUUGGAAGUUGUGACUUUUUAAGUCAUGCUCAAGAAAGUUAUUUGAAAAUACACUUGGAGGGUUGGAGGGCCUCGUGCUGUGAGUUGUUGAGUAACUCAAGUUCCAGGAGCCGUGGAUGGGACUGGCAGGAUUGUGUCCUGAGCCAGCGCUGUUGGGGUUUGCACGGGCUGGUCUUGAGGGCAUGAAGCAACCACAAGGCCUUGAUGGGCUGUGUGGAGAAGGGUCAGCCUGGGAGCACUGCUUGGUGCAGCCUCAUUUCUUUCUUGUGGGUCUUGAGGCCCCAGUUCAGCCUCAAGUCCCUCUCUGUGGAAGGAAGGUGUUUUGGUAGUGUUUGCUCCCAGAGAAGGAACUCAGUGUGACUGAGGAAGUAACGGGAGCAGGGCUUUGUGUGGCUGUCACUGCAUCUCUGUGAGCACAGCUCCCUGAUGGGCCUCUGGGCUCCCCAGUGAACCAGCCAGGGUGGGCAGGAUCACAUCUGCUGUUCUUUGUGCCUGGGGGUGUUUUGCCUUUUCAGACUUACCCAGGAGAUAACCCUGUAUGAGGCAGUUUUCUCACUCUGGGAAAUGAUGAAUGUGUCGCAGGUCACGGAGCAGCCCCGUGGUUCCUCUUUGGGACAGCACUAUCAGAAGUGCUAUAAAAUGUAAUGCUUGAAAACAGCUGGAGUAAAUUCUGUUUCGUGUAGGAUCUUUAAUUCAAAGGGAUGCAGCCAAAUUUGAAACCUGAUCUAGAGAAUUGGGAGAAUUCCAGGGCAAUGCAUCUACUGAAUCCCAAUCUACUGAAUUGGUUUGGUUUGUAGUUUUACAGUUACCUUUCUUACAUCAAAUUUUCUCACCAUAGGUGUCUGGAACAGAAUGGAAACAGCAUCUUAUGGAAUGUGCAAUCUAAGGCACAAUGCAAAUAGGGUGUGAUAAGAAGGUUGUCUUUACUUGAUAGCAAUCCUGAGUGCAAUGUUCUUGUUGUGUCCCUUUUGGAAGAAGAGCAUUAAGUACAGUCUGAGGUUUUUCUUUUCUUACAAGCAAAACAUUGGUUUGUCCAUUACUGACUUCUUGUGAAAUUUGUGCCAGAUGUAUAUUAAAUAUUUUGGUGCUUUUUCUAAUCCAAGCUGCCAUUCAUUUACCUGUGAAAUUAUUGUACUUCUGUAUAUUUAAAUGACCAACCCCUUAAAGAAAAAAACAAAAAAAUUCUUUUAGUCACAGUGUAUCCUGACUACUGUAGCCUGUAAAUGUUCCAAAGCUUCUGGGUUUCCUGUAUUCCAGUAAGGUCUGAGGGGAGGGGAACAGCUACAGAAAUCUCACCCACUGGAAAGGGAACUUGCACGCUGUUCUGUGCGUUACUGAACAAAUGAGUAACAUUUGUGGUGUUUACAUAACGACACAUUGGUGUUCACUUUUUUGUGCUCAAGCUUUGUACAAAAUGUCUUAUUUAAAGUUGAAGUCCUUUUUACAUUUUUCAAUUAAAAAGGGACAAAUUA